AUGGCGAUGAUGCAAGCAUCCUGCCCCACCCCUGGCCGCUCAGUUGUUAUGAUAAGCCCCACCAUCUUUGUUGGGUGCAUGUUGGAGGAACCUGAAGUCCAGUGUUUGUCAGCUGAAGAGAUCUUUUCCCUUCAUGGCUUUUCAAAUGCUACGCAGAUCACCAGCUCAAACUUCUCUGUCAUCUGUCCAGCAGUCCUACAGCAACUGAACUUUCAUCCCUGUGAUGAGCGGCCCAAACACAAUUCAAAACCAAGUCUUUCCGAAGUAUGGGGAUAUGGAUUCCUGUCAGUGACAAUCAUUAAUCUGGCAUCUCUCCUCGGAUUGGUUUUGACUCCGUUGAUAAAGAAAUCUUAUUUCCCCAAGAUUUUGACCUAUUUUGUGGGGCUGGCUAUUGGGACUCUAUUUUCAAAUGCAAUUUUCCAACUUAUUCCAGAGGCAUUUGGAUUCAAUCCUAAAACUGACAACUAUGUUGAGAAGGCUGUUGCUGUAUUUGGUGGCUUUUAUUUACUUUUCUUUUUUGAAAGAAUGCUUAAGAUGUUAUUAAAGACAUAUGGUCAGAUUUGUGAAUCCAUCUUUUUUCUUCUUAUAACAAACCCAGCUGUCACAGAGCCUAAUGGACACAUCCAUUUUGAUAAUGUCAGUGUGGUAUCUCUACAGAAAGAAAGAAAAGAGUCAAGCUCAUGCACCUGCUUGAAGGGGCCCAAACUGUCAGAGAUCGGGACAAUCGCCUGGAUGAUAACACUCAGUGACGCCCUCCACAAUUUCAUCGAUGGCCUGGCGAUUGGGGCUUCCUGCACCUUGUCCCUUCUCCAGGGGCUCAGCACCUCUAUAGCCAUCCUGUGUGAGGAGUUUCCUCACGAGCUAGGGGACUUUGUGAUUCUACUCAAUGCAGGAAUGAGCACUCGACAAGCCUUGCUAUUCAAUUUCCUUUCAGCGUGUUCCUGUUACGUUGGGUUAGCUUUUGGCAUUUUGGUGGGCAACAACUUUGCUCCAAAUAUUAUAUUCGCACUUGCUGGAGGCAUGUUCCUGUAUAUUUCUCUGGCAGACAUGUUUCCAGAGAUGAACGACAUGCUGAGAGAAAAGGUGACUGGCAGAAAGAUCGACUUCACCUUCUUCAUGAUUCAGAACGCUGGAAUGUUAACGGGGUUCACAGCCAUCCUGCUCAUUACUCUGUAUGCAGGAGAAAUUGAAUUGGGGUAGCAGGAGAUGAAAGAUGGUGUUGUAAUGAAGGCAUUUAACAAAUAAAAACAUCUCCAGAGGGAUUUUAAGCUGA